GCUAAUCGGUCGCGUGACCUGGGGGCAACAGUAUAUUGUGUUGGUGUGAAAGACUUCAAUGAGACCCAGCUGGCUAGGAUUGCCGACAGCAAAGAUCAUGUCUUUCCAGUGAAUGAUGGUUUUGAAGCCCUUCAGGGGAUCAUAGACUCUAUUCUGAAGAAAUCCUGUAUAGAAAUUCUGGCGGCAGAGCCUUCCAGUAUAUGUGCAGGGGAGUCAUUUCAGGUUGUCGUGAGAGGAAACGGAUUUCGACAUGCCCGUAAUGUCGACAGAGUGCUCUGCAGCUUCAGGAUCAAUGACACCGUUACUCUCAAUGAGAAACCUUUUGUAGUGGAAGAUACCUACUUACUCUGCCCAGCACCUGUGCUACGAGAAGUUGGCAUGGAAGCAGCUCUUCAAGUCAGUAUGAACGAUGGUCUGAGCUUCAUCUCCAGCUCCGUCAUCAUCUCUAGCACGCACUGU